AUGAAGCAGGGGACGGCCACGUAUUUGGCGAAUUCGCUCCCGGGCACCACGGCGGCCGACCUGCAGAACUUCCAGCUGACGGUGACCAACACGUCCAUGUUCUUGCUGGAGUUUGAGUUCUCCUACGGCACACAAAGAGCGGACGUGGACGUCGUCGCCUCGUUUCAAAUCGCCGUGCCGGCAAACGAGACGGCGGCACUAGAUCAGGCGUUCCCGGCGGCCGGAUUGGACAGCGCGGCGUUGAACAGCCUGAGCAGUGUAUCGUAAGGAAAAAUCCCCCCUCCCCAUAUUGAAAGUGCAUCCAUCUGAAAAUUUGUGAUGCAGAUUUGAAUUUGUGACGACCACAAGUCGCGUCUGUCUUGCAAGGAGGCAAGUCCAGGCCGCCCGGCACGUUGUGCAGGCGAUUUGUAACGUCGUAGGGCCUACAGGGCAGCCGUCUAUCAUGCUAGGCGCCUACACCCAAAGCCCCUACCUAGGCUUGCGAGCUGCGUGCGGAGCUCUACUGCAGCACAGAUUUGGUUUGUGUACUGAAAUACAGCGCCACAAAUUUCGUUUUUGAUAUGGGAUGGGGGCUUGUUUCGCUUUGAUACAGUGCGGUUACCAGUGCGGUCUCUGCGGCUGCGAUCCCGGGAAUCGCUGUGAACUCUCUGAGCAGCAUGCCAUAUGCAUUGCAAAAGUAUCAUGUUCAUACUACGUUGCAAAAAUUUCUGUUUUGGAGUUUACCGGGUACGCGGUUAAGAGUUUGUCGACGUAAUUUACAAAGGGACGCCCUGCCCUUAGUUUCCCAACAUGACAAAUUUUGGAAGAAGAAAAAAUGCAAUUUCUUGUAGUGUUGAUAUAGGUAAAUAACAAACUAGAUUUGUCAUGCUGUGCUGCACUUAGUACGAGUUUGCGAAGAUACUUUUGCAAAGCAUAUACCACGGCCGACGACGACGGCCCCGCCAGCAGCAACGACGCAGGCUAUCCAAGAAAAAACACCCAUCCACAUCCAAUUUGUCAUGCAAAACAUGCAUAAAAUUCUGUAUUUGUCAUGCAAAAAAUGGAUGUUGAUGGGUGUUUUUUCCGUGGAUACAGGCCGCGGCGACCACACAAGCCCUAGCGGCAAACACGACGGAAGCGCCCACGACCACAGAAGCUCCUACCACGUAUUGUGAGGAAAAAUCCCCCCUCCCCAUACCAAAACGGGAUACUUCAGAAAAUUUAUGAUGCUGAUUUCGGGCCACAAAUCGUCUCUGUAUUGCCAGAAGGCAAAUCCAAAGGCCUGGCCGCGUUCUGCCGGCAAUUUGUAAUGCUGUAUGGCCUACGGCGGAUAUGUCUGCAUUGCUAAGCGCCUCCGCAAAAACGCCCCUACUCCGGCCUUGUAUCAGUUACAGUUUGCAGUCCUCUACUGCAAGACAAAUCCGAUUUGUGUACACAAAUGAAUCCCGCAUCACAGAUUUCCAUCUCGAUAUAGGGAGGGAGAUUUUUCCUUUUGAUACCACGGAGGCACCAACCACAGUGGCGGUCGUGGCGAACACCACAGUCGCGCCGGCAACUACGACGGGCAUGCCACCUGCGACGACCACAGCAGCUCCUGCUCCGCCGGCGGCAAAUAUGACGAAGUAUCAACUGCAAAAAUGUCUGGUUCUGGAAGAUUGCAACUUGUAAAUGCUGUUUUUGGACUGUAAAAACAAUUUGUAUUGCAUGACCAGCAAGAUGAGGGGUACGCUUACACUUUUUGCUUCACGGGCAGGGCAUUAUUUCUCAUGCGGACAGUGCAUCAGGAAGCCCUCUGAAAGUCUGAGACGCUAGGUUGUGCAUUACAGGCAUCAUGUGUCAUGAGAAAUAUGCAUGACAAAUCUUGCAUUUUUCCAGACCCAGACACUUUUGCAUUUGAUACGAAGCUGUUCCGGGCAAUCUCGGUGGAUCUCGAGAUUCCAUCCAGCAUGACGGCAGACCAGUUGGCCCAGGAUCCGGACUUUAUGUUGGCCAUCCAAGAAACCUACAGCAGCUAUCUAGAGACGCAGAUCGGGGCGGCUGGGCACAACGCGGGGGCGGUGAAGGUCGAGCCGACGGACGUGAUGGACAUUGUGGUCACGGUUCUGGGUGCCGCGACGCCUUUUCUCUUCUUGCAGACCGGCAUGGAAAGUGAGAUGGACAUGGAAGAGGCUGUGUACGCGCAAGAAAAUUCGAUGUCUACACAGCUGGUGCGACAGUCAAAAACCCAAGCGGAAGAAAAGACGUUGACGGCUGGCAAAAGCAAGCACAAAAAAGCUGAAGCCGGCCACAAAAGCAAGAAGCACCGGCAGCACCAUAAGAAGCAGGGCAACAAGGGGAAGACAACAAGUAGUAAGAGUACGAAAGAACAAUCCUCGGAGAACAAUUACGAGUCGGGCGCCUUGUUGAAUCUGCAGCAAGCGAAGCGCUCCCAGCCGGUAACCCUGCAGGUGAACGCCAAUGUCCAGGUGCCGAACACGCUCUAUGCAUUGUAAAAGUGUCUGGGUCUGGGAGAUUCUGAGACUUGUCAUGCACGUUUUGCAUGAGCCAUGAUGUCUGUGAUGCAUGCCGUAGCAUCACAGGGCUUUCGAGACGUUCGUGAUGCCUGUUUCGCAUGACAAAUGCCCUGUCCGCGUAGCAAAAAUUACUAUUACAUUCCCUUUGCUACUCAUGGUCAUGCAAUACAAAUUUUUUUGGAAUCCAAAUGCAGCAUCACAAGUUGGGUUCUUCCAGACCCAGACAUUUUUGCAUUUGAUACGCUCUCCGCCGUGGCCAACGCAGCCUGGACCGCCACGGCCCCGCCUUCGAGUUUGAUGACCGGACUUUUGACCGCCAAUCUGCAGUCAAAAUCGGGCUUGUCCACAAUCACCGUGACUGGUAUCAACUACGCCACAACGACCACCACCUCAACCUCGACCAUGGCCACGUUUCCGCCCACAACUCUGCCCCCACCUACGACACUACCAGUCGCGGUAACAACUACAACCACGACGACCACGACCACAACGACGACCACCACGACGACCACGACCACGACGACAACCACUACUACGACGGCGACGAGCAUCCCGAACUGGGUGGCGUCGCUGUUCCGGCUCGUCAAGGGUGCGCUGAAGAACCAGACCCCGGUAUCCUGUGUAAAAACGUCUCCAUCCCAGAGGUGUCAUGCAGAUUUGCGAUCACAGGAAGAUUUGUAGUGCGCAUCUCCAUGAGAGGCAUUUCCAAUCGCAUUUUGGAAUUUGUAAUGCUGUAAAGGAAUGAGCAGACGGAUUUGUGAUGCUGCUGAACUAGCUAAACAGGACUACACAACUACGAAGCCAAACUUGUCAUGCGCAGCAGCCAAAGGUUGUCGAUUUGUCUUGCAGAUUUCCCAACUUGAGUAUGAGGUGUGAACGUUUUUACAAAUGAUACCCGGGGCCGGCCCCUACGGUGAUUCCAAUUCCGGCACCUGCACCGGCGCCGUUGCCGCCUCCGCCGGCACCGAUGAUUUUCCCCGACAACGGGGGGUCAGCGGCGGCGUCCGCGUCUGCAGAAGCGUUUAAGUCCUUGUCGAGCGCGAUGGCCAGUAUGAUGACGAACCAGGCGAACAAACCCACACCGCCGCAGCCGAAUAUCAACAUUACAAUUGGAAGCGGUAGUACUUUCUUGGAUUUUUCAUAAAUGCAGUUUCUAUUUCUACUUGUGAAAGCACUCUAAUAGUUGUACGUGGUUAUUUCCGUUUCUCACCUGCGUUGUAAUAUAGUAUGCCGCAACUACCCAGAUCGUUAGAGAUCAUAGAAAUAUCAAUACAACAGACGCACUGAACCCGAAUUCGCAGUCUGGCGGAUCGAGCCCCGACCCUAGCAAGCAGCAGGGGGUGAACAUUCCGCAGAGUCUGCAGGUCUACGGUGGCGGCCCGAACCCCGGCGUGUCUUACCAAGCGAACCUGCGCGGCCGGCGCCGACGCGCGCAACAGCAGCAGCCUUUGGUGAUCAACAACGGUCCGCUCCCCUACGUCCCCCCGGGCGGGAAUUAUCCACCACUGGUGAGCGGCGGCGUACCGGCCUACCCGCCGUACCCGUUUGUCUACCCCGGCGGGGGUGCCCCGGUAGCGACGCAGCAGUCGAGCGGAGGAGCAGCUCCGGUGUCCCAGACGCAGCAAGUCGGCGGCACGUCUUUCCAGCCAGCGCAGCAAGUCGUUCCUAUGGCUGCACCUAUCGAAGUGAAAAAAGCCCCCACCCCAUAUCGGAAACGAAAGGUGCGCGAAUUUGUGGUGCUGUAUUUGAGUACAUAAAUCGACUUGUAUUGCUAGAAGGCCAAUAGACGAAGCUGCGGCCUAAAUUGCAGGUAGUCUGUCAUGCUGUUUCCCCCUUCCAGUUGCCUCCUGUCAUCUUGGAGCUGCAAGGCUUUCCCACGCUGGGCAGCACUACAGUCCGCAACUUUUGCCUUCUAGCAUCACAAAGCUGAUUUGUGGCCACAAAUCUGCAUCACAGAUUUCCGUUUUGAUAUGGGGAGGGGGCAUUUUUCAUUGUGAUAGCACCCCCGAUUACAACGACAGGUGGCGGUGGCGGCGCAGUGGCCGUGGCGCAGGCACCGCCGGCCGCCCCACCUAUGAGAGUGCACAACUGCCCCCCCUCAUUUGUAUUGCAUGAACAGCAAUACAAACACCACCACACGUGGAGCCUGUGCAUGACAGAUUCAUGCGCCUAGUGUAGUACGGUUUGGGCUUCGGAAUCUGUGACGCAAAGAGUGCCACAGGGAAGCCCUUGGAUUUGGGGUUUUGCAUGACAAACAAGGUCCGAGCACGGGGACAGAGUCCCCGUGCGACGACCUUCCGGCAUUUGCCUGCCUGCGCGGUGGCACUGGGCCGCAGGCAGGUCGCCUGCAGCUGGGUAUCUCGGUGCGCCUUGCAUUCACUGACCCGCGACGGGCCUGCGGACGCGGCUCCCUUGCUUGCGCGCACUAGGUCCGUUAGCCUGCCGCGCGCAAAGAUAAUGAAAAAGAAAAGAAGAAACUGGCGCCGGGUGCGGGUCUGGAGCGAGCCGGCCUGCAAGUCAUGACGCGGCGGCAGAAUCCCCGCACUGCGUGGUGUCCGGAGAGUGUUCGUAGCUAGCCCCUAGGCCAUGACGCGGGGACCGAGUCCCCGCGCUGGCCUAGGGCUUUCGCCCCUUGGCCGCACGGUGUCCGGGAAGCACUUGCAGCUGACCCCUAGGCCAUGACGCGGGGACCGAGUCCCCGCGCUGGCCUAGGGCUUUCGCCCCUUGGCCGCACGGUGUCCGGGAAGCACUUGCAGCUGACCCCUAGGCCAUGACGCGGGGACCGAGUCCCCGCGCUGGCCUAGGGCUUUCGCCCCGUGGCCGCACGGUGUCCGGGAAGCACUUGCAGCUGACCCCUAGGCCAUGACGCGGGGACCGAGUCCCCGCGCUGGCCUAGGGCUUUCGCCCCGUGGCCGCACGGUGUCCGGGAAGCACUUGCAGCUGACCCCUAGGCCAUGACGCGGGGACCGAGUCCCCGCGCUGGCCUAGGGCUUUCGCCCCGUGGCCGCACGGUGUCCGGGAAGCACUUGCAGCUGACCCCUAGGCCAUGACGCGGGGACCGAGUCCCCGCGCUGGCCUAGGGCUUUCGCCCCGUGGCCGCACGGUGUCCGGGAAGCACUUGCAGCUGACCCCUAGGCCAUGACGCGGGGACCGAGUCCCCGCGCUGGCCUAGGGCUUUCGCCCCGUGGCCGCACGGUGUCCGGGAAGCACUUGCAGCUGACCCCUAGGCCAUGACGCGGGGACCGAGUCCCCGCGCUGGCCUAGGGCUUUCGCCCCGUGGCCGCACGGUGUCCGGGAAGCACUUGCAGCUGACCCCUAGGCCAUGACGCGGGGACCGAGUCCCCGCGCUGGCCUAGGGCUUUCGCCCCGUGGCCGCACGGUGUCCGGGAAGCACUUGCAGCUGACCCCUAGGCCAUGACGCGGGGACCGAGUCCCCGCGCUGGCCUAGGGCUUUCGCCCCGUGGCCGCACGGUGUCCGGGAAGCACUUGCAGCUGACCCCUAGGCCAUUACGCGGGGACCGAGAGAGGCCCCGCGCUGGCCUAGGGCUUUCGCCCCGUGGCCGCAUGGUCCGUCUCGCGACGCGUGACAGACUGGGCUUCGGGGCCAAACCUCGCAUGACAAAGUCCGAAAGUUUGGCCGGGGUGUGUCCGAAAGUCUGCCCGGGGUGUGUCCGAAAGUCUGCCCGGGGUGUGUCCGGGGUGUGUCUGGGGUAUGUUCGGACUUUUUGCCUGGGGUGUGUUCGGGGGUCUGUCUGGGGUAUGUCUGGGGUGUGUCUGGGGUGUGUCUGGGGUGUGUCUGGGGUAUGUUUAUACCCCACCUUCUGCGUUUUCGCCAAAAAUGUGUAUUCAGGUCGUGACUGACUGCCAUUUGCAUACCCCUGACACACCCCCGAACAUACCCCCGAGCAUACCCCUCGCAUGCAUUUUUGACCAGCUGCUGCAGUUUAGAUAGUAAUGAGGGAGAGGGGGGGGCUGUGCACUCUCAUACCACCAAUCCAGAUCCCAGUUCCCGUGCCCGCACCCGCACCACCACCACAGGUCGUGCACGUGCCCUACGCGCAGCCGGUUGUGUAUCAAAUGUAAAAAUGUCUGGGUCUGGAAGAGGAGAAGUUUGUCAUGCACAUUUUCCAUGAUCCAUGAUGUCUGCGAUGUAUGCCGUAGCAUCUUCACAGAUUUUUUGAGCGCCUAUCGAUGCGCAUCCUGCAUGACAAAAGCCCUCUCGUCCGCGUAGCCAAAUUUGACUCCUCUUGCUGCUGAUGCAAUACAGAUUUUUUUAGCAUCCACAUGCAGCAUCACAAGUUUGGUUCUUCCAGAGGACCCAGACAUAUUUGCAAUCCAUAUUGUGCAGCCCGUGCACAUUCCGUACCCCGUGCCCGGACCGGUCAAGGUGACGCCGGUCCCGGUGCCAGUACCCGCACCAGCCGGUGGAGGAGCAGGCGCGGCCGGAGGUGGACCGCAGGUUGUUGCGCCCGCGUUGGCGAACUACAUGCCAAACGCAAACAUCAACACGGGAGCUGCUGCACCAGCACCGAGUCCCGCUCCAGCCGGCCCGGUUGCGUCUCCCGGUGGGCCGGUCGCAGCUCCAAGCACAACGGGUAGUACUCCGUUUCUGGUAGAGAAGGGACGAAAGGUGGUGGACGUUUCUCCAGCGGAGAGCAAAGUGAUCAGGCCGCAUGAGGUUAGCUCUGCUAGUGCUGACAAGAACACGCCAGCCUGGGCGUCGAAGCUGAUGAAGGAUAUCAAUUUCUUAAAAAGCAGUGGAGCACCGCCGCCGCAGUAA